AUGGAGCCGAGAGCGCGGCGGGCGGCCUUUAUAGUGGCCGAGCCGGGACGGGUGCAAAAGCCCGCCCCGCCGGGCCGCCUGCACACGCCCCUCGCUGAGUCACCCGCGGCCCGCGGCGCGCCGGGCCGGGCGCACCGGGCUGUGCACACGGGCCGCGGGUUCGCAGACGCCGCCCCACGUGCGCCCGGGGGCCGCCUCGGGGAGGAUGCACUCCACCCCAGAGCUCCCUCCCAGCCCCCAAGAGACCAGUGGCCAAGUGUCAGGAUUUCACUUCUCAACUGCGUGGUUCCCUCAGGAGGCACUGCCUACCCACCACGUCCUGCCCCUUUAAGAAGAGACCAGUCCUUGGCUUAUGCCAUUCAUAGGAUUUAUUGUCACUUGCCAGCUGCUAGCAGGGGAAGGGGACACACAGCCAAGCCUCACCCCGGGGAGAGGUUGCCCGGGGCCACUCAGCACUAUUUACACACGUCACACGGAGAGCACGUCCUCAUUGGCAGCAGCUGCACUUCUCCGCCUCCGCCUCGGCCCCCUCUCCACCUUUGCACACGCAAUCCUUGGCACAUUUCUCACACUCCGCUGGGCAGCAGGAACAGCAGCUCUUCUUGCAGGAGGUGCAUUUGCAUCCCUCGCACUUGCAGGAGCCAGAGCAGGUGCAGGAACCACCAGUCGGGCAGGGGCAGGUCUCAGGGUCCAUGUCGAGAGGAGUCGCCGCUGGAAGAGGUGAAUUGGCUUCUCCGGCAACUGGACGCACUAGAGGCAGCAGGUGGCGAGGCUUUUAUAGCCCCAGGCGGGGGCGCGCAGGCACAGCCCGCUCGCCGCACGGCGCCCCCUCUCUCCAUCUGGGCGCACUGGCCUGGUGGAGGCGCGCAUUGCGGCAGCGGUUCCCCCCUUCCCUGCCGUGUGCACGGCCGGGGGGCGCUCCCCCCGCCCCCCCCCGCUGGCGGGUGCACAGCCGUGCGCCCGCAGCCACCCCACUUCCCACCGUGUGCACAGGGGAGCACACUAUCCGCUCGCCUGUGUGCGUGCUGCCGUGUGCAGGGCUGGAGACGCGUGUCCGUCUGUGUCCCUCCCGCCCCCCCGCCGGAGCUGCAGUCGCCUCAGGGAGAAAAGCUCUCACUUCUCCCCUAUGAAAGUGGAGGGAGAGAAAGGGGCUUUGUAUAUUUCCCAGUCCUUCCCUGCCGCUCAUUGCCCCUUAUUCUAGGAUUCUCCGGUGCGCCAGAUUCGGCCAAAUCGGGUGCUGACCACCCUGGUGCUCUGGGACUCAUCCCCUCAUCUGUCAAAUGGGAAGAAAGUCACAGCACCUCUGGAAGGACCUUGCAGACUGGCUUUGGGAGGGGCUGCUCUGGGAGCCCUAAAGGACAGGGCUGGUUGGCUAGUGGGAUAUGGGGGAGUUUUUGA